AUGAGAUGUUUGUGUAGGCACACAUAAAUGUACAAGUAAACCACAUUUUCCAUUCUGUUAUAACACCUUUGUCACAAUAUCUCUGUGCAACACCAAAACACAAAUAUGGAAAUAUGUGGUGUAGAUGUAGGCAGAUCAGAAUACUGUGUGCUCGCUUAUCAUGACUUUUUUAAAAUUACAACCAAUCACGUCAUAUUCUGGGGCGUGGUCAGUACAGACCGCCUAUAGUAUAAAUUCAAACCAUGCUUUAAGAUCAUUCAUAUUCUCUUGAUAAAUGAGAUACAAACACUGUAGAAUUUCUGAAAAAUGAAAAAUGACUGGUUUCUGGAUUUUAAUUUUGAUCUUCAGCACCAUGUAUACAGUCCAACCUGGUAGAUGCUGGGUUACUGCACAAUCCCCCACAGAGUCACCAGUUUAUCAGCCUGAUAAAGAGCUCAGUGUGAAUACCGGAGACUCGGCUACUCUACGGUGUUGUAUUUCUGAAAAAGAAGUCGGGAUGAUUGCCUGGGUUAAGCAACCAAACAGAAAAAAACCUCAGAUUAUAGUCAGGGUAUAUAAAAGUGGUGGAGAAACAUUUUUCAAUGGAUUCCAAGACUCUCAUUUCCAAAUAGAAAGAUCUUCAAACUGCCGCAAUUUGACAAUUUUAAACAUCAUUCAGUCUGAUGAAGCCAUGUACUACUGUGCACUGACGAGACCCAACCUUGUGUUUGGAGAUGGAACUUAUUUAAAAAUUAAAGGUGAUCAUGUUACUAUUGCAUCAGAAACAUCUAAACCAGCUCUGUGUGAUAAUUCAGUGGUGUGUGAACCAACACUGCAUGGAAACAACACUAACAUGAACACACACGAGAAAACAGUGCUCGGUUUGGGAACGGCUUUGGGUUUGUGCGCACUUCUGAUUUUCUGUCUCAUUUAUUUCAUACUGAGGAGAAGAAAAUUGAAAGCUUGUAUAGAAGAUUCUCCAGGAAUGAAGCAGGUACGUGAAUCUGAGGCUGAAACACUGAAUUACGCAGCUGUGCAAUUUACCAAGAGGAAAGCCAAAGGUGAAAAAAAGAAAACUGGCUCAGCAGAUGAGUGUGUGUACUCCGAUGUGAAAAAAACUAGAAUUCGUGAGUUUACUUUAGCUGCCUUUGUUUUCCUGAUCGUGGUGCUCAGAACCUGGAAGUAG